GUAGAUGACCUUGGGGUCUUCAAUAUCUGACCAAGCACUGAGCACCCCACAGUGCCUGCUUUAGCUGCCUUUGUGGACAUUCGAACAUACUGUUUUCAUCCACCUAUUCCAUCAGGGAAAGUCUUCACGUGCUUGGGGUAGACAUCCCACUAACUCACCAAUGUGUUUGGAGCCUAUUGGAUUCCCUCAACCUGGUUUAGUCCAUCUGCCAAGAUGGUUCACUGGGGUGUGGCCACUACUCAUGGAACCACGGUGUAGAAACUUCGCUGUGUUAGUAGAUCUUCAUAUUUUGCCUCAAGGUUCAAGAAAAUCACCAGCUGGUUUUCAGAAUAGAAAAAAAGGAUAUAGGCUUCGCAUAACAGCUUAUUUCAUCAAAAGAGAGAUUCACCUUCAUUGUAUUGUGGGGAAGCCGAGUUAUGACAACAAAGAUGCAAGAGGGAUGAAUGAAUACAGCAGCCAAGGAUAGCAACAACAGAGUGACAGCAGAAAUACCAAUAAGAUACUUCUUCCUAAAAGUACACAAGGAGACAGGAGUGGAAGGAGUGGAGGUUACACUGGAGAGGCAGCCUGGAGCAUUAUAGAGACAGAACUUUACAGUACCCUGCCUACAGGUACAUAAUUGGGGGAGGGGGAGGAGAAUUACAUUACAAAAUGGAAGAGUAAAUGAAGGAGGUGGGGGAUAGAAGAAAGUAUGUGAUGUGCCCAGGUCAAAUCGAGGGCUAACAAUGAGGGGAAGGUGACUCCUGUGGUCUCUAAGAAAGAGAAGAGCCUGUAGGUAAGUAGCUGAAGAGAAAGGGAGAAGGUUUGAAAAGGGGAGGAAAAAGAAGACCUUGUUUUGGUAAAAGGAGGUGGUUCCUUCUAAGGAUGAAGAGAGAUGUUGUGGGAAGGGAUGAGGGUAACUUGUGAUGGGGGUUGCUGGGGCAAUUUGGUGCUUGAAAAGACCACUUGUCCUACCUUGAGGGUGGGGAAGUUGGAACUCCUAGGGGCAGCUGGUACCUGAGAUGGGGCAUGGAUCCAGAGAGGAAAUUUUGAGGCAAAUGGGGAAAGAAGGUAUCCAGGAAGAGGGCAUAGAUCUUUGGUGGGCUGCAUAAUGAUGGACAUGGAAGUGAGGAGGGUCCUACCAUGGGGCAUCAUCCUCUUUGUCACCUGCAGAAAUUGAACUUAUUCUGGGAAUGAGGAAAAGGGGAAUCCACUGGACAAGAUCUACAAGGAAGUGGCAGAAACCACAUAGAGGGGAGAGCUCAAAGUGGAUAACUUGGAAGUUUUUAUUCCAUGAGUAAUACAGAGAAUAGAGAGGAACUAGGUAAUUACAGGGAUCAUAAAUCAGAGAAUGAGAGUCUAAACAGAAAGAGAAAAUGGAUAAAGCAAUGAGCAAGAGAAAUCCUCUCUGGAAAGUGAUGGUGAUGCAAAAAAAAAAAUCAUGAAUUUUUAAAAACCCAACAAACAAGACUAGUUGAAGGGGAAGAAAGGAAGAAUUUGCUUGACUGGGAGUUUAAAAAAGGGGAGGAAUUAAAUAGCCAGAUAAAAGCAGGAAAUAAAAAGGAAUUAAUAAGCAGAAUUCCAAAAGGAAAGGGAUUACAAAUGGGAACAUACACUGAGGGUGAGGGGAAGAAAGCUAGCAGAAAAUUAGCUACCUUAAGAAAGAUUAAGCUAAAAACAACUGAAGAGACAUAGUACUGUGUUUAUAGCAAAAGGGGGGAAGGGGAAUCACAACUUGAAAAAAAUAUUAGAGACAAAUGAAGGAAAAUA